GGAAAAUAUCAGGAUGCUUUUCAUGAUGCCUUACAAUGUGUUCAUUUUAAUGCUUCAUAUUCUAAGGUAUCCUAUGUUAUUUUUUAUAGUGUUUGUGCAUUCUGAUGUAAUCAUUUGUAUAAUUAUUUUUAGUCUAUAUAGUUAAGUACAGUGCAAUGAUCACAAAUAAUAUUCUUACCGUAAACAUUGAUGUCUUGAUUUCUUGCAGGCAAGAUGAAGUAUUAAUUUAAAUGAAACACAUUUUUUACAACCAGAUUUGUCUUGUCAAAGUAGUUUUAUCGCUCAACCAAGGGCUUCUAACCUUUUUGCAACCUUUUUGAUUUCAAACAUUUCCAGCACUCCCAUCUUGAUUACAAAGCAUAUUUCCUACACCCACUUGAUAAAAAAUGUUAAUAAAAAUGCAAUUAAACUUUAUUUUCUGGGCCUUCCAGCACUCCCUGACACUGCUUCCCACACACCAGGGGCUGUGGGCACCCCUGCUUUGAACUGUUUUUGCUGGUAUAUAUUUUAGAAAAUAACGUGUGAUUUUUUUUCUGUUAAAAUUAAUCACACAUUUUAACUUUGAAACAUUUGUAAAUUAUCACAGGGCUACUGGCGUGCAUCUCAAGCAUUGCGAGGUCUGGGUAAAUAUGCUGAAGCUGCCAGCCACUUGCUUAAAAUGUUGUCAUUGUUCCAGCCCAGUGAUGAUGAUUUUGUUUGCUUCAUGUCAGAACUAGCGAUACUGAUCACAUUUAUAAAAAGUAAUUUUGGUUUAUUCUGAAUAUUUACAUCAAUAUUUGUAUAUAUCAUACAUAAUUAUAACACAUUGUCAUUGAGUUACGGUAUAAGAAAGUAUAAAAAAAACCAGUAUAGUUUAAAUGAUGCAUUGCAUAAAAAAGUUAAGGGAAGAGAUUUUUUAAAAAAUAAUGUAUCAAAACUGGAAAGUUUUGGUAGAGGGGCAUUGAAGGAAAAUAAAUCUGACAUAAAUUCUUAUGUUAUAACUAUUCAACAACACAUACAAUAUAUGCAUUUUAAUAAAUAUAUUUCUGGACAAUAAAUAUUUCAUUAUAUAAUUUUUAAAACUUGGCUUUUGAAAAUUUUUUAAAAAGCUCUUUAAAAAAUCAUUAAUCUUAAACUCAAAAAUAUUUUCAAAUGUAAUUUUAAAGAAACAAUAAUUGUACAAACGUUUUUUGUCUUUGUAAUAGAUAUUUAUAAAAUAUUCUAUUAAUUAAGGUGCAAGAUUUAAAUGGUUUUAACUUUUCUUGUUUUCCAUUUGUCAGGUGCAAAAGAAUGGAGCCUUUGUGAACAAUUUAAUGUUUUCACAACUGAGUCCCUACCAAUUUGGAGACGUAUUAUCAAGUGUCUAAGUGACCAUGAUGAAUAUGAAGCUAUUGGGAUCCUAACAAUGGGGUCCUAUUACAAACCUGAAAUACCUGAAACAGUUUUACACAAAAUGGCAGAUAUCCCUGGACUCACCUACAAUUUUGUUAAUGUUGGGAAGAUGUUGAAGUAUUUAACAGAGAAGGAAGGUAUUUUGUGUACUUUAUAGCUAACUGAAAUAAUAUUUGAAUAAGUUCUUGCAAUUUUGUAAUUUAAAAAAUAUUUAUUGGCUCAGAAACAUUUGGACAUCUUUUUACAUAACAAUUUAAACAAUAUUAAAAUUUAAACAUUAGUAAUGAAAUAAAUCACCUUUUAAUUUAUACUUUCAUAAGGUAUUACUUUAGUAGGGAAUUCAACUCACAUAUCUUUUUACACUGGAAAAUAUUCAAAACUAUUACAGUAGAUUUUUCUUCAAAUCAUGCAUCCAAAAAUAUUCACAAUUCCUAAAAUUGCAACUAAAAAAAAUUAUUGUCCAAAUAGCCUAAGCAAAAGUAUGAACUACUUAAGCUUAUUCAUUUUUGUAUGGGGUCUAUGAGUUAGAAAGGAUUUUUGUAUAAGUUAUAUUUUCUGAAUUUAGACUCUUCCACAUAAAAUGGUUGUAGAAAACAUAUUAAACAUAUUUUUCAGGUACAAAAGCAUGGCAUUUAAAGCUUGCUGAAUUUAUGUUGAAGAGAGAAGCAGACAUCAAAACAAUAGCAGAAGGUUUUUCAAAGCCUUUGCUUGUUGCCGUGACACAGCUCAGUAUGGAAGCAGGUGAUUAGUUGUUUUAUGGAUUUCAUAAUAGUAUAUUUGAAGCAAUCAUCUGCUUGUAAUUAUCUCCUCAAGUAAAUAUUUAAAGUAGAAACAAAAUAUUUUGGCAUAAUCGUCAAGUUAUUCCUUUUUUAAAUGACUUACUUGAAGUCUCAACUAUGCAUUAGCUAUGUUGGCAUAUGCAUGGAUGCCACUUGGCCACACAAUAAUUUUAAUAUUAUUGUGAAGUGGGCAGGCAAAAUUUUUAGCUUACAGUUUAAUCUUGAAGUGAAUAAAACAAUAGUAUACCAUGGCAAAUAUCAUGUUCAUUUGCUGUGUUAUGGAAAAAUUAUGCAGCAAUUUAAAUUUUGAAAGAAAUUAUUUUACUUAAAAUGAAAAAUACAUUUUGCUAAUUAAAGCAUAAAAAUGUUUUUAAAAAGUAAGGGAUUUUUUACAAACAGAACUUGUUAAAAAAAAAAAAAAUCCAAAUAGCUAAAUCAAAGGUGCAAAAUUUCCGAAUAGCUAACUCCAUGUUGAAAUUAAUCAUUGACGUAAAAUUUUUCCAAAAAGCUAACUCCAUGUUGUAAUUAAUCAUCAAGCCUGUUAACCAAUGGACUGCAUUUGCCUUCCACAUUUUGCUCAAGCAGAAUAACCUAAAAUGUUAAGGUCUUUGAAAAACAUUCUGCCCUCUUUUGAUUGAUUGUCAGUACAUUAAUUUUUUAAUUGCUUGUUACUUUAACAUGGACAAAUUUUUCUGUUCCCAUGAUGAACUAUUUCAACUGUUCCUUCUCUGCAAUUUCUUUUUUGCUCUACAGAAGUGCCUAGUUUCUUGUCUUUAGCUUGGGAUAAAUUAACACCUGCACAGUAUGAUGAUGCAGACCAGGAAGGCAGCACAGCUAUGCAUAUGUAUGCUAGAAGUCUCAAACGUUCUAAAAAUAAUGGCAUAGUAAGUAUUUUGUAUUUAAAUAUCUUACAAUCUUAAAAUCUCUUGGUUCUGUAGCUAUUCUUAACAGAUGUAUUUACUUCUGUGGGUGACUUGUUGUGUUAGCCGCAUCCAUGCUACCCCCUCCCACUAUGGGACCAAGCCAUUUUGACAAAGCUGUUGCAAAACUUGCCCUUUUGUCAUCCAGACUCAACACCCUUCACCAAGGGUGUAGUUUUCAGAUUAGGCACAGUUUGCUUGCUCUAGCCACAAUGUUUACUAUGUCAUUGUUUUUGCCCACUGCCGUAAGGUGUAUCUGGGCAAUGCGACUGAACAGCGUCUUAUGACAGAUUUACUGAACACCUUCUAAAUAUUGCACAAGAUAAAGUGUCUUAUCUCAAAACACUUCAAUUGAAGCGACCACAUGGACUCUGGUGACCUGGCCAUCACCGCCAUUGUGUCUUGUACCAACAUGCCCGCCAGGAUGAACUUUGAGAACAAACUUAUCCAGACUUAUGGGAACUUGACACCACAAGGCAUGAAUGUCAUGCUGUCUACUUUAAAAAAUUUUCUUUGCCCCCUCCUUGUUACAACCAAUCCUCGCUUCUGUUCUCUUUUGCUUAUAAUUACUCUCUUACCUACUAAGGGUCUACUGCAUUCAUCUUGUUGUCCUCUCUGCAUUGCAGCUAAGUGUUUGUUUUAAUUUUUAACUUGGUUUAACUGUGGUUUGUUAGUUGAAGAAGGCUUCUUUCCAACAUGUUUUUUGUUUUGUUUUUUCAGGUUUUCCCAUACUUAGUUUCAUUUCUUCCUUUCUGUAGCUAUGUAACAUUUUAACAUAUUUGUUUCAACUCUGCAACCCCUGUGGGGCCAUGUGCAGUAAUGAUGCAGCAGAAGUGACUGCUGUUGAAGCAGCACUGCACAAUCUGCCUGAAGUCUUCACAUCUUACCCCAGUAAACAAAGCUUGUCAUUAUCUUCUCUGAUUGAAAAUCAGUCUUUCAGGCAGCUGAGUACCAAAAUCUGACAACAAUUUCUUCUGAAACUUAACAUGUUCCUAUAAACUUGUGCAGUUAAGUUAACCUUACCAUGGGUACCAGUACACAACACACUACACUAUAUCUGGAAAGGAGUGAGCAGACAAACUAGCAAAAACGGGAGCAUCCAAUGAACAACCAGGCAUCCCUACAUUACUCAACUCUGCGAAACAGAUAAUCAUAGCUAACAAAAAAGAAGAAUUGUCUCCUACGACAUGUACAGGUCAUAAUCUUUCACCUGCUCACAGGACACAUACAACCUAAUUCUCACAUUAUUUGCAUAAAACCAAACCAAAAAAAACUAUCAGUCCCCUCUGUAGACAUCCACAUGAGACAGUAACACAUCACGUCUUCACUGAACAGCCGUAUGUCAUAUUUACCUUCCAAAGAUUCUAAUUAUACCCCCAGCUAACAUCUUUAAAGAGUCUGAAAACCCACAAAAUAUAGUCCCAUUUGGGAAUCCAUUUUAAUACCAUUAGUGGACAUUUUGUUCACAUAAGUUUGCAGAUUCCCUACACAAUUAUUUGCAUUUCCCCCGAGUGCAGACUUCCUACAUAAACAAAAGAAUUUUGCAACCAUUUCUUUUAAUUUUGUUAGUAUUCCUUUUCUGUCAUUUUAAAUGAAUAAUUUUAAAGAUAUAUCAAUGUAUACAAAGAUUUAUAUGAAUUAUUAUAACAAUGCAGUCUAUGCAGUUAUUACCAGUAGCAGUAGUUUUAAUUAGUUUAAAAGGUCAUUUCAAUACAACUUUAGUAUCUUUAGCAGACCUGUUUACUCUUACGAUUUUGGCGUACAAUGUAUGAUUUUGAGAUGUAUACUUUAUAUAUACUGUAUGUUUAUUUUUUUACUAUUAAGAUAAUGUAUUGAACAAUUCUGUGAUGAUAUCGUAGGAUUUUAAAAGUUUAAAGCGUAAACGGGUCUGCUUUAGCCCAUAACUUAAAACCUUCCUCUUGUUUGUAAGAUGUUUCUAGCUCUGUGUAGUAAGAAGUAUAAAGUAGUACUCUCAAAUGGUAUGAUGUUUUUUCCACUCAAGUAUAUGUGAAAUUUCAAGUGGCACUGCCUUCCAGUAGGUGACGCAACCAUCUUAGCACCGAUGUCAUUUUGUGUUGAAUCAUGAGAUCAGCUUAACGUGUGAUAUUUUGCUUAAUUAGUAACACAUGAAAACCUAAUGUAUCACCUAUUUAUUACAGGUGAUUUUAAAUGAUUUACUGAAUCAUGGCUGUCUCACAACCUUGAAAGAUAACAGUGGAAAGCUGCCAGUUGAUUAUAUUCCUGAUUCAGAGAUGGUCCGCAAGAUGUUGCUGAAUGCAGCUUCAAAAUCAGGUGAGUGAUUGCAGCUGUAUCAUUGAUUUUAUAACAGAAUGUUGGAUAUAUGAAACAAUUUCUCAAAUUAAAGAUUUUAUAAAGUUGCAUUAUUUUCUAAAUAAAGAAAUGUUUUUAAAAGACAAAUUCAUUGUUCCAUUUUUUAUUGUCAAACACCUGUUUAAGACAGCACUGUGAUAGAAUCCUUCAGCAAGCCGAGCAAUGUUUUGAUAUAGUGCCUCAACUUAGUCACUAUCUUGUUUUUUUUUUUUUAACCCUGUAACUGUCAAGUGCAUUUCUCUGUAGGAUCAAGCCAUUUUUAGCAUUUUCUUAUGUUUGUCAAAUGACAAAUUACCAUACUAAUAAAUUAUUUGAGAGACUCUUACAAGUAUACAUUUUCUGAAAAUAAAUUGAUCAGGGUAUCUUUUAUGGUAUGAAAAGAAUUUGUUUUAUAUUGUGUAUGUUGAUAUUGGCCUUGACAUUUACAGAUUGAAAAUUUUACUGCUCAAAUUCUGCAUUGAACCCAACCUAAUACUUCAUAAUUUUUUCAAACUAGUGUAAAAAUUGAGAUACUAGAAGCCAUAAUCUUUCAGAAAAUGGCAAGUUAUUGGUACUUUAUUGAAAAUUGUAAUUUUUGUGAAUUUCUUUCAAUCUAUACCUUCAAAUUUCUGUCAUACAAAAUACAAGGUGGAAAGCACAACAUUAGUUUAAAAAUUCCUUUUCAUGUGAAACUAUUAAAUCCAUUUUUUAUUAAUUAAUACUCCAGAACAUUCAUGGACAUACACUAACAUAAAUGUCUUGGAAUCUUGGAGUGGGUAUUUGGGAUCCAAUCUUUGUCUUCACUGUUUGAUGUCCACCCUUUCUGAAAUGAAUUUGUAACAAUAUGACUAAGCUUAAGGAAAAAACUUGUCAAUAUCAGUCUCUAAUGGCGCCAUCACCGUUAGAGCUUAUACUGUAAUGACUAGCUCUUGGAAAUUAUUGCUUUCAUUUAAAUCCAUUUGAAAUUAUUCAAUUAAAGAAAGUCUGUGUUGAUUUUACAUUCUGGGUAGGGACCCCUCCCCAGUGUCAGACUUACUGGCAUUCAAAUAAAAAUGGAGCCAAUUUCACACCUGAUUAACCACAAAACAAUCCCUGAUAAAAUCACAUUAACACAGAUUGAUGAAAACAAUCCCUGAUAAAAUCACAUUAACACAGAUUGAUGAAAACAAUCCCUGAUAAAAUCACGUAAACACAGACUGAUGAAAACAAUCCCUGCUAAAAUCACAUUAACACAGACUGAUGAAAACAAUCCCUGAUAAAAUCACAUUAACACAGAUUGAUGAAAACAAUCCCUGAUAAAAUCACAUUAACACAGUCUGAUGAAAACAAUCCCUGAUAAAAUCACAUUAACACAGACUGAUGAAAACAAUCCCUGAUAAAAUCACAUUAACACAGACUGAUGAAAACAAUCCCUGAUAAAAAUCACGUUAACACAGAUGGAUGAUCAGCCUUCUUUGACAGUUGUAGGCUUAAUUUGUUUUGUUUUUUUUAAAUAAAUUUUUUGUCUGUAUUAACUUUCAGAUAAUGGAGCAAUGCUUAACAGAUUACAGAAACUACAAGAAGAAGGGAAUGCUGCAGUUAAAAAGAAUGAAUGUGAUAAAGCUGUUGCUAUCUAUAACAGAGCUUUGACCAUUGCCGAGGAGUUCAAGGUGCAGUCAAAGCUUCCAGUUCUAUAUAGCAACCUGGCUGCAGUUUACAUCAAACUUGGCCACUACCGGGAGGCUUUACGUGCAGCAAAUAUGAGCUUGCAGUAUGAUGCUACUUUCACCAAGGUUUGUUAAGAGGGUGGCCAUUUCAUAUAGUUGCCUUUAGUAAAUAAUUUUAAUGGGAAGCUAAACGUCACGUGCCCAGUUUCUUAUCAUGAUUUAACAAUUUAAAAUUCAAUCAAGAAUAAAACACAACUUUGUAAGAUCUCCUUUACUUUACUUGAAUCAAGAGUGGUAUAUACAGCCACAUUUUUCUUUUUAUUGAAGAGCUACUUUCGCAAAGGCCAAGCACUGUAUCAGUUAAAGGAAUUCUCUGGAGCAUGUGAGUCAUAUAUUUCUGGAUUCAACAUGGCACAAGAUUUCUCCUUUAAACAAAAAUUCACAGAAGAGGCAUCAUCCUUACUUGGGCAUAUUCCAGGUAUUAUUUAUGCGACAGCCUUUUUAUCCACAUAUUUCAGACCUGUUUACUCAUACGAUUUUGUAUGAUUUUGAGGUGUAUACACUAUAUAUACUCUGUUUAUUUUUUACUAUUAAGAUAAUGUAUUGAACGAUUUUGUGAUGAUAUUGUACGAUUUUAAGAGUUUGGGGGUAAACAGGUCUGAUAUGUACAUAUUUAGUGAUGUAAAUUUAACUUCAGAAAACUUGCCACCCUUGGUGUACGCUGGGAAGCUCUAUGAUAGUCAGUAUUUUUGUUUUCAAUAACUAAAUGUACUCUUUCUUUUCUCUCUUUCUUGGAAUGAGCACAUCAAAAUUAGCUAAGAUCAUGUAACAAAGAUGAAACGAAUUUCAGCUUGUUCCCUGGUCAUAUUUUGUUCCCAGGUUUUUCUUUAAAUUAUCGUUAACGAUGAUUGCUGUAAAUUAUAUAGUUUUUAUAUCAUCUUGUGUAACUCUGCUACGGGAAAUGAAUUAAUCAAGAGAAACAACUCUUUUGGGGCAAGUCCUUGUAAAGUUUACACUGAUAUGGUUUUAUUCUAUAAAAUGGCAAGGGUUUUUUUUUUGUAGCUGUUAUAUAAAGCAUUUUUUGUUUGUUUUGUAUUUUUUGUCAACAGAAAAAAAAAGAUACCAACUUUUGCCCAGAAUGAGACACAUGUUGGUUGGUGGAUGGCUCAAACUGGUAGAGAUGCUUUCACAAAAUAAACUCUGGGAUGUUGUCAACAUUCUUUUCUUAGGACCACCUUAUUAUGAACCUGGUAAGAGUGUAAUUUUGUCCCCUUCAAUUUAUUGUUUAAAUUACAUUUUUUUAAUUCACUUUUUGAGGGAAACAGGAUUUACACCGCUUCCCUGACUGCUGAUGAAUAAAUAUUUAUAUUUAUUACACUUUGGAUUUAUGAAUUCAAAAAUAACUUUUUGUAUUUAAUGGCACUCUGGUUAAUCAUUAUAUAUAUAUAUCUUUUUAUAAUAUUAUGUUUUUAAAAAAAAAAUAUUUAUGUAUGUCUUACAGGCAGAACUCCUGGUGUUUUUUUAACAUUUGUGUAUGUCUUACACGCAGAGCUCCCGGUGUUUUUUUAACAUUUGUGUAUGUCUUACAGUCGGAGCUCCUGGUGUAAAGAUUGGUAUCAUGGGACAAGAAAGUGCAAGAUCUGCAGUGCUGUCUACUGUCUUUGAAAUUCUACGAGAUAAACCAAGUUGGAACGUGCCAUUGUUAGUUAAGACCCUUCUAAUACAAGGUGCCUCCCCUGAAAGUCUUGUGAAUUCAGAAGAGACCUGUUUCCAUGCAGCUGUUAAAUUCUGUAUACGAACCCGUAAGUUUACUGUACUAAGUAUUUAAAAAAUAAUUCAUUGGAUCAUAACAGUGAAUACAAACAACCCUAUCAGUGAAUACAAACACACUGUUUUUUUUAAAUUUAGAAAAACUAUUCAUUCAGUACACAGUAAAGACGAUAGCUGAUUCUGAGUGCUGUAAUAAAAAAAAAAAUUCUAUAGAUAUUAAGCCAAAAUGCAAAAGAAAUUAUUUGCCAUGUCACAAAUUUAAAUUACAGCCGAUCCCGCUUAUCUCAACCUUGGUUAACUCGCCAACCUUGUUAUGUCAACGUUUUUGAAGUGGAACCGCCCAAUUCUCUCUUUCUUUUGUCUUAGCAUUUUCUCCUCGGUUAUCUCAAUCAUCGGUUAUCUUGACACUUUUUGACAAACCCUGAGGCCGUCAAAAAUAAAUAAGGUCUACUGUAUAGUCAUUACUAAUUAUGAUAAUAGCACUGUGUUAAUUCUACAGUUGGCCCUGUACAAAAUUGCCUUAACUGUCUUUAGCAACAGAGCUAAUAAAAACAAAACACAUUAAGUGGCUCUAUAUUUCUAUUUCUUUUACAUGAUGGUAAAUAUUAAUUUUCCAAACUGUGAAAACUUGAAUAAUUAACAUGUAAGCUUUCUUCUCUAUGGUAUAAAUCAGUAUCAUGUCUCUUAAUGGUUACCUGUGCUUACCAUUAACAUUUAGGCCUAAGCUUUCUUCUCUAUGGUAUCAAUCAGUAUCAUGUCUCUUAAUGGUUACCUGUGCUUACCAUUAACAUGUAAGCUUUCUUCUCUAUGGUAUCAAUCAGUAUCAUGCCUCUUAAUGGUUACCUGUGCCUACCAUUCAAUUGGUGGCAUAAAAAAAAAAUCUGUACUCACUUAUUAUCAGAGUAAAAACAAUCAGAUUCAUCUAAGAUUAAUUUCAAAUCUUUUUUUCUUAGCCUCUGUUACCGAUCUCUCGGGUUGGUCCCAUAUCAUUCCCUUGAUUUUUACUCCUUCUGCUCCGUUGUCUAGGGGUUGACAACAUUAAGAACUCUGUACCGCUACUCUCUUUUUGAUGUAAUAGCAUGUCACUGACAGCGUACUGGAGGAUAGUUAGCAGCUCAGGUCAUUAAUAUCAACUCCUUGUUCAACGACCACAAAGUCAUCUUCUACACAAUGAAACCAGUAAAGGGAUGAAAGAGAACAAAAUCCUGAAUUAAUAUUUAUUUAUAACAAACUCCUGGCUUUAACUUUUAAGGUAUACAAAAUAAAGUAUAAGCAUCUGGAUAUUAGGUAUGGAAAAGUAUAUCAUAUUAAUUAUUCCAAUCUCAUUCUUUACAGCAACACUUGUCCAAGACACGCAUUAUUUUUAUUUUUUUUUAAUAUUUUUAUUUUUUUUUGCAGUUGAUACACAAGUUCUGAAAUGGAUACUUCAAAGAGAUGUGGAAAAUAAAAUAAUAUCUGCUUUAGAUUCUCGGUCUCAGACACCCC